CGAUAUGUUCAGUCGAUAAAUUUGCUAAAAUGAACUAUAUUCUAAAACAAUUGAGUUGUGUUGGUGGAUCUUUUUGGAAAUGAUUAGAUAUUCGAGAGAUUACUCAUUAUUAUAAUAACACAGCCGUAUUAUUAUGCCAAACUUAAAAGAUAAAUCGCAUACCGUUAAAGGAAAAUCACAGAAGCAAAGGUCGAAGUCAUCUUCUCGUUUUGCAGAGGUCGACGGAAGAAAAACUAAUGUUGUUUCAAUACCAAAUACAAUUAAGCUUAGCAUGCUCAAUAGUGGUCUGCUAUCUUUUGAGAAAAUAAGAUUGGAAGCAAGAGAUGAAAAUAACUCUUUGUCGAAAACAAUACCACAAUUUCCGAUUAGCAAACCUUAUUUCCUUAAAUUGUGUGAUGUUCGUCGAAAAUUUCCUGUACUUUAUAAAUUGGAGUUUCAAACAGCUACGAGAGUGGAAACGAGCUUGUGUAGGCAUGCGUUAAGAAAAAAUAAUCAAGAAAAGAACCAAAACUCGAAAUGCAUUCCCUAUGAUUAUAAUCGGGUUGUUCUCACAAAGACCUCAGGACUUGUUGAUUCUGAUUACAUCAAUGCAUCCUACGUUGACAGUCUUUUGAAGCCAAAUGCGUAUAUUGUUACUCAAGGUCCCGUGGAGGAAACUGUAAAUGCAUUUUGGCAAAUGGUUUGGCAGGAAAAUAUAAGUGCGAUAAUCAUGCUUACUAAAACAUUUGAUUUCGCCAAGGUUAUGUGUGUUCAAUAUUGGCCACCAAAUAUGGAAAUACAUGAAACAUAUGGCGACAUACACAUCAAUAUUGUACGCGAAGAGCAGUUAGCUAACUUUCACAUUAGAACUUUUCAUUUAUAUAAAGUUAAUGAAGCCAAAGAAGUUAUUAAAGAACGACUUAUAUUACAAUUUCAUUAUACGGAGUGGUAUUCACACUCAUGUCCAUUCUCGAACGCCCUUUUGGAAUUUCGGCGACGAGUACGCCUAGUUGUUGGUAACAUUAUAAAAGGAGAUGACAUGAAAGGGCCAAUGUUGGUUCAUUGCAGUGACGGAGGUGGUAGAUCAGGCGUUUAUUUGUCUAUUGAUGCUAAUCUCGAGUUGGCAGAAGAGGAAGAAUGUUUUAAUGUCUUCGGAUAUUUGAAAAAAUUACGUCAAUCUAGGAAAGGUCUCGUUGAAAAUGUGGAACAGUAUAAAUUUAUUUACGAUACUCUUGAAGAACACGAAAUAUGUGGUAAAACCUGGUUUCCCGUAUCUGAACUUUCCGAUCGAUUGAAAGUAAAAGCUCGUAGAAAUCCCUUAACAAAAAUGAAUGAAUAUCAAAUGGAAUAUGAGCAAAUUUGUAAGCAAACGCCCAGAUUUUCAAUAGGUGACUGUGCGGGAGGACAUAGAGCUGACAAUCGUGACAAGAAUCGUGAUGUCUUGUGCGUACCUCCUGAUAAUUUCAGGCCUUAUCUAACUUCAUUUCAAGGCAACGCUUUUACUGACUACAUUAAUUCUGUAUUUGUUGAUGGAUAUACUAAGCCGCGAGAAUAUAUAGUAACAGAAUGGCCACUAAAGCACACAUUAGGUGAGUUUUGGUCUCUUGUAUAUGAUCAGGAAUGCUCCGUAGUUGUUGUACUUUGUCAACCACCGCUUAAUUCUCAGAAUUUUCCCUCGUUUUGGCCGCAUAAGUCAAAAAUGGAAAAAUAUGGCCCAGUUUUUUCAGUACACAACGUAUCUUCGAAGAGCUACACUAAUAUAAAACAAUGGGAAUUUAAGAUAAAUAAGAAAAUUGUUUCAUUAACGGAAAUGAUGGCUGGAGUAAAAGCACCAACAAAAACCGUACAACUGUUUCAACUAACUUGUUGGCCUAUGGGACACAAAGUACCCACAUCCACUAAUUCGCUUGUUUAUCUAAUGAACAUGGUUGAGCUCUGGAGACAAAAAGUCGACUAUGGUCCUGUUUGUGUUGUUUCUCCUGAUGGUAGGAGUCGUUCCGGUGUAUACUGCGCCGCAAACGCUUGCAUAGAACAAGUAAUUCAACAUGAAGAAGUUGACGUCUUUCAAGCAGUAAAAACGGUACGACGACAUCGUCCUCAGCUUGUAGAAAAUAUGACCGAAUACAAGUAUUGUUACGAUUUAGUACUACAUUAUGUACUUCAUUUCUUAAAUAAAUCAAAGGGGUAAAGAUUAUAUAAUUCGUAUGUAUGUACGUUGGUUAAUUGGUUUGAU